AUGACCCGAAAUCCUUUGCGGACCACCGUGCCCGCUUGGGUGGAGUUGUAUGAUGAACACGCUCAUGGGCCGAGAAAGGACAAACACAUCAAUCCUCCUCCGCCAAUUGUCCGCCCGGAACAGAAUAAGGGAAGCCAAUUAAAACGAAGGGUAUCAAAGGAUGGCUAUGUUGACUGGGUCGACGAAAAACACGACCGUGUAUCUAAACUCCCUGUGUUUUUGAGGAAACGAGCCGACAGGCCGGGGCGACGAUGGGAUCAUUUGCGCACAGCAGAGCCAGUUAUUAUGGGACUCGGCUAUCGAGCACCUAAUGAAGAUCCUUACGAGAGAUGGCGGGAUUUUAUCCAUUCGUCUUCCUAUGGGAGAAAUCCCGACGAUGAGUACGAAGUAGUACCCUAUGAUGUCCUCGAACAACAAAUGCCAGGCCUCGAUCAGCCCGUACGAAGCCCGUUUCAUCCGUUAGAUCCCAAGACCAAGAGAAUAUCUAGAAAGGAUACGUGGGGGAUGAAGAUCUCGAAUUUUGUAUUGCGGCAUCCAAUAGCGCCGCUUAUAUUCCGUUUGAUCGUUUUGAUCACCACCAUUGCAGCUCUUGCUGUAGCAACAAAUAUCUUCCAAAAAGAGAAGAGCCCAGAAACCCCUAACGACAAUACUCCGGAGACCUCGCAAGCGAUUGUAGCUAUAGUCAUUGACGCGAUAGCUAUUCCUUACAUUUUAUAUAUGACUUGGGACGAAUAUACAGGGAAACCUUUAGGACUUAGAGCACCAGCGCAGAAGAUAUCGUUAACGCUCUUGGACCUUGUUUUCAUCGUGUUGAAAUCUGCUAGCACGGCACUCGCUUUCGAGGCGUUAGUGUAUCAUAGUGGGGAUGGCCUGUCAACAGUUCCUGAAUGGGCAGCAAUGGAGAGACUGUCUUUGCAUCUGGCUAGGGGUCUUGCGGCGUUGACGCUGGUAGGGUUGAUUGCCUGGAUUCUGAAUUUCACUAUUAAUGUUUUCAGACUGGCAGAAAAACUCGGUGGGAUAGAUAACGUAAAUGAAAAAUGA